AUGAGAGAAUCACCAAACAUUCCCCCAGAUUUCUGUACAAAAUAUCCUACAAGAAGGUGUCCUUAUGGUCUUACAUAUGGAGGCGGGGGAACCAGCGAAGGUGUAUUGGCAACAGAAACAGUUGCUUUGACAUCUAGGACAGGGAAUGCCGUAACCCUAAAAGAUAUUAUCUUUGGGUGUGGGCAUUCCACCAAACAGCCAUCUAGUACUAGAGUGGAAAUGGGGGUGAUCGGGUUUGGACGUAGACCCAUGUCAUUUGUUUCUCAGAUUGCUCCCUAUGUUGGAGGAAAUAAAUUUUCUCAUUGCUUGGUGCCUCUAGCUACUGAUCCCAAAAUCGAAAGUAAGAUCAAUUUCGGAAAUGGGAGUGAAGUUUCAGGUGAAGGGGUUGUCUCAACUCCAUUGGUGCCAGACGAGGGUCACUAUAUUGUGAUGGCAGAAGGAAUGACCAUCGGAAAUGAAUUUGUUCCGUUUUACUCAAACGUGACAUCGCUCAACAAAAUUAAGAUGGUACUCGACUCAGGCUCAACUUUAACAACGUUACCUCAACAUCUUUUUGACAGGGUAAUAACUGAGCUGAAUAAGACACUUGAUCCAAAAAUGCAGUCGUUCUUUGUGACUAAACAACAAACACUUUUAUGCUUCAACUCGACGGAAAUUCCAGAAGAACCAAAAAUGAGUUUUCAUUUCGAGGGUGGUGGCAAAGUGCAGUUACUUACAGAACAAAUGUUUGUAAAAAAUGAUGAAAAAAACAUAUCAUGUUUUGGAAUCAAGCGUCCAGGUGAUAAGGGAGCAGUAGAACCUGAUAUGGGUGUUUUUGGAGCUAUUAUGCAGGGAAAUAUGUUGGUUGGUUUUGACCUGGAUAGAGAAGUGGUAUCCUUCAAGCCAACUGAUUGCUUAACCUACUAG